AUUGGUUAAAUUAAUAGAAUGAAAUGUACAGGCUCCAUUUAGAAAAAGAAAAAAAAAAAGGUCAAAAAACUUAUUUGGUACAGUACUAUAUCUAUGAUUAAUCAUAAACAAUUCCCAUUUACAAAGCGGUCUCAAAUCCAUCUAUCCAUCCAUUCCACUUGUUCCACCAAACGGAGAAUAAUUGUUUGUUCGUCCAAGAAAUCAAAGGGAGCCUAAUUCCAUCGAACAUACGCGUCGGAUUCCGACAAAACAAAGGUUGUGAGCUGGGGGUUGUGGCCUCGUCGAGGACACACAUCAUCGAUCAACACCGAACACGACAGAGGAAAGAAUUCGACGAGUGUAGCUAAAAUUUCAGAUAAAUCCACGAGAUGAAUCUGUACGCACACGACCUAUCUUUCUAUGAUUUCGGCUUCUCCGAUCCCACCAUCAUCGACUCUCUGUCUCGCACUUCGUCGAUGAUCUCAUCUUCUUCAACAAAACCACCAUCAAUUGGUGAUAAUUAUGAGGAUUAUAAGCCCCCAGAAAGGCCGAAGAAGACGACUAGCCCUCCCAAGCACCGUCACGAUGGCACUUCGCCUCUGCCUUUAGGCAUGGAUUGGAGUCAUCCUCCUCGCAAAUGGGAUGGACGGAACUCUGUGUGGCCACAUGAUCCUCACACGGGGUGGAGUUAUUGUGUCACAAUUCCUUCUUGGAUUAUUCUACCAAAAUCAAGAGGUUCAGAUCCUGUGGUGUUUUACAGAUUACAAGUUGCUAUACAAUCACCAGAAGGGAUCACGUCUACUCGAGGAAUAUUACGAAGAUUUAGUGAUUUCUUGAAGCUGUUUUCUGAACUCAAAAAGACAUUUCCUAAGAAAAAUUUGCCCCCAGCUCCACCAAAAAGGCUUUUGAGAAUGAAAAACAGAAUGCUUUUGGAAGAGCGAAGGUGUUGUUUGGAGAAUUGGAUGGAGGAACUACUAUCUGAUAUUGAUUUGUCAAGAAGUGCUCCAGUGGCGAUUUUUCUCGAGCUAGAAGCUUCUGCAAGGUCGUUUUAUGAUUCAAAUCAGCAGGUUUCAGAUGUAAAUUCUUCUGCCAGUAAUAUGGCUCUUGCAUAUCAAUUCCAACCAAGCUCAGAUGUUUAUUUGUUUGGUGGUAGUUCAUCAAUCGCAUCAGAUUUUGGCCACACUUCUACGUAUGAAAUAUCUGAGCUUGGAACACCAAGCCAUGGAAGGGAUGUAUAUUCCGAACUUGGCAUGGAGAACACAGCAUCUGACCAAGAGUUGGCUGGCACAAUAGAAGCAACUAUUAAUGAUAAAUUGUCUAGUAAUGUUAAUGGCCAGUUUAUGGGAGGAUUCAUUCAAGCAAACCAAGAAAGGUUUUCUCGGCAUAAAAUGCAUUUCAAAAGAGAUAACAGUGCUGUAGACAGGUAUAGAGUUAAUGAAAAUAGUUCUCACACUGAAUUUCAUAACGAGGAUGAAAUGGAGCUAUUGUAUGAGCCAGAGAACCAUAAGUUUCGUAGUCAUGUUCGGAGAUUGUCAACUGGAAGUGUUGGAAGUGAUGUAAGUUCUGUAAGAGCUAGUGAAACAUCAAAUUCGGUGCUGGCAAAUUCAGUUUGCGAUUACUCCCUUGACCUUCCUGAAGGUGUUGAAGCUUCAAGAACCGUGAAUCUUCUUGGUGUUUCAGAUUUACAGUUUCCAAGUGACUUAUUAGUUGCACUUCCAUCAGAUGAACGGCAUAAAAUGAAUAGGGUUCUUAUCACCAUGCAGCGGAGACUAGCUACAGCAAAAACAGACAUGGAAGACCUUAUAGCAAGAUUAAAUCAAGAGGUUGCUGUGAGACAAUUCCUUACAACAAAGGUCAAAGAUUUGGAAGUGGAACUUGAAACUACCAAACAGUCUGGUAAAGAAAAUCUGCAGCAAGCUGUUCUAAUUGAAAGGGAGAGAUUUACUAGGAUGCAGUGGGAUAUGGAGGAACUUCGGAGAAAAUGUAUGGAGAUGGAGCUGAAUUUGAAGUCUGAACAGGAUGAAAAGGUCCGGAUAGAGUCCACAAAAGUAUCCAUCAUUCAGGAGAAUGAUGUGCUCCAGAAGGACUUAGAUGUUGCGAGGGAGCAGCUGGAGAAUUUGCAGAAAUAUUUUGAAGAGUUGGAAUUGAAGUCAAAGGCAGAUCUUAAACUCCUUGUCAAAGAAGUUAAAUCUCUUCGGAGUUCUCAGACGGAUUUGAAGCAAGAGCUUAACAGAUUGUUGAAAGAAAAAUUAGAAGUAGAGAGGGUUAUGCAGAAGGAAAAGCAAAUAGGGGAACAUGCAAAUGCUGCUAAUGCAAAAUUGCUGCAUGAAUGUGAAAUUCUUCGCAAUCGACUUGAAGAAUGCAGUGUUAAUUUCCUUAUUGAGGAAGAAGAUAAAUUGAUCAUGGAUACUUCAUCACCAUCUGAUGCUAUAGAUCUCUUGAUAACAUCUGAUAAUCGAAUCGGUCUUCUCCUUGCAGAGGCACAGCUACUUGCUCAAGAUGUUGAGAGUGCUGCUGCUGCUGCAGCUGCAGCUGCUGCUGCCAAUUCUAAUAUCAAUGGUGGCAGCGUGAGGACAAGAGAUGAUGAUUUGAGAAAGAUGCUAGCGGAUGUUUUCGUAGACAAUGCUAGACUGAGGAAACAGGUCAAUUCUAUUGUCCGUUGUGCUCUCAAUACGCCUGACAGAUCCGAAAAAGAUGAUGAGGAAGAAACCCCUCCAAGAAAAACUGUUCUAAGCAAAUUUUUGGAAAGAUAAUGGGGACUAAUAUGUAUCUAUUGUUAGAAAUACUCCAUAAUCUUAUAAAAUAAUGAAAGCAGUUGCCCGUGAUAUAUAUUUGGCAGGUAUAUCUAUACUAUACCGCCUUAACUAUAUUUGUAUGUAUAUUAAUUUCUAAUAAAAAUAUAAAAAGUUAUUGAAGACCGUCUUGUAUUUA